AUGGAAGCAAAACGCCGUUGGUCGGCUCCAUCCGUCGAGUUCGUCGUCAUCGAUGUUCGCUCCGACCCGUUUGUCCUCGUAUCGCCAGUUCAUCCGUCCGUUAGGUCGGCUGUCAAGUUGAGGCAACAGAAGCAGAGUACGCCGGCUGAGUGCGGAGCGGAGCGCGGAGUACGACGGCGCCUGGCGGAUGGUGGCGAUCUCUUAUCCUUGACCGCGUUUGUCAGCGAGUCGAUAUUUCGCGUUUCACGCAUUCCACAACUGUUCCCGUUCCUCGCCAGAGGGGAGGGGGGCCGCGGGGGCGAACGACCGUGA